UUUUGCCAUUUUGAAAACGUAAUUUGAAUUAAAAUACUAACUUAAAAUAUUUCAUAAGUUUGUACCCGUGUGGCGUUUUGAUAGACCGCAGCCAAUAUAGAUAUACAUAGGGAAAACGCAGCUUUUGUAAAGACUAUAUUUGCAGUGUAGAUUCUGCUGAAGGGCACUGAAUAAUGGGGCAGCAAAAGCAAAACCAGUGCCAUGUUUGUGAAAAAGUCUUCAAACUUAAGACAAGUCUGAAGGUGCACUUGAACAGACACGUUGGCCGAAAGUUUGCCUGCGAGAUAUGCAAGAAAACCUUUCUGGCAUCCUACUCCCUGAAGAUCCAUCUACAGACUCACAAGGGACACAAGCCAUUCAGUUGUUCAUGCUGUGAUGCUACCUUUAAUACCAGGGAACAGUUACAGCAGCAUAGGAAAUUUCAUAAAAACACAACCAAGGAAUACAUCCAAAGAUUUAGCAAACCAGGAUUUACGUUAGAGGAAGCUAAAAAAUCUCAUACUCGCAAAGUCCAAUGUGUGUUGUGUGGGAAGUUGUUUGCUUCGCUCACUUCAUACAAUAGACAUCGCUGGAAACAUUUAGGUCGCAGGUUCUAUUGCACGAAAUGUCCAAAAUCGUUCACAUCAUCCUCUGCGAUGAAAUGUCAUGACAUUAUCAUACAUGAAGGUCUUAAACCCUGGGAAUGCUCCAUUUGUGGCCUCAAGUUUGGGAGAAAAACUCAUCUUCAACGCCAUGAGUUUGUGCAUACAGGAAGGCGAGACUAUAUGUGUGAGCACUGUGGUAAAGGGUUCAGCUCCAACCAGAAUGUAAGGACACAUAUUAACCAGAUCCACGAAAAAAGAACCCCCCUCUUUCCUUGUGAUGUAUGCAAGAAACAAUAUAAAUCCAAAAACACUCUGAAACAGCACUUGAAAAUUCACAAUAAUCAGCGAGACUUUAAGUGUAAAUUAUGUUCUCGAGCAUUUAUUCAGAAAAUUUCUUAUCAAGAUCAUAUGAAGGGUCAUGAAAAAGGAGAAAGUUUGAGAAAAAGGGCAUGUUUCGUAAAACCUACAGAAUUUUGUCACUUGUGCAAGAAAGCUUUUGCUAACAAGACCGGUCUUAGACGGCACAUUCGAAAACAUGAGUUGGGACAACUGAAGAGAGAGAAAAAGCUUCACCAGGUUUCACAUGAUACAAACAGUUACAUGUACCAUACCAUUGUUGAUAUUAAGGACCAUCCAGCUGAGACCUUUAAGAGUUUUUUAAGCAGUGAACAUGCUUCCAAGAUGAGAGGAGCAGUGGAAAGAUCGCUAACACUCAACCAUAAUGAUACUGAGCUGGUAAAAGUGAUAGUGGAUGAUAAAUUUGCUGUAAGAAAGAAAGUUUUACAUAAGUAUCUGAUUGUUCCAAACUUUAAAGAUGAAAUAUCAGAUGAAGCUAUUGUGUCAGGAUGUCAGAAACCUGUUGAAAGUACUAGUAUUGUUGAUGAUACAAGUGUUUUCAAUUUAAAUUGUAAUGAUAAAAAGAAGACAGAUGCAUUUUCUUAUAGCUCAGCUGUUUCUGAACAAUUGAUAGUAUCAAAUGCAAACUUUAAAAAUAAAAAUAAAAAAGUAGCAAUCUCCAGUGAGGAAAGUCAUGUAAAUGAGUUCGAUUUUGGUGAAGACACAGUUGAUCUUGAUAUUGGUGAAUUCACAGCUGGGGCAGAUGAUCAUGAUGAAGCUUCAAUCGUUGGUGUUCAUGGAAAUCAGGACCAAAACAGAGAGAUUGCUGGUUGCAAGUCAAGGGAUUCUUCUGGUAGUGUGAACAUAAUUCCUCUUUCCAGUCUAAGUACCAAACCAGACUGGAUUACAAUCAGAACCAGAAGUGAAGAUUGUAAAGAUACCAAAGUAGACACUUCUGUAAUAUAUAAGAAUAGUAAGGCAAGAAGUACUGGUAAACAAAGAAUUAGUGAAACUGUUAAAUCAGUUAUAAAUGUGAAUGCUUUAGAAAGUCAAGAAGGGUCAAAUAAUGGAAGAACCAGUUUGAUUGAAUCUUCUGUACAGACAGUGAAGGAAAAUAAGGAGCAGCUGAGACACGCCAACAAGCUUAGAAUUGAAAAAAACCCAAGAAAGAUCAUGAAGAAGACGUGUAAAAGAAAUAUCAUGUUCAGAAAAAGAAAAUGCCAUGUUUGUUACAAAAACUUUACUACAUUCUCGUUAGCAAAAUUUCAUUCUCAGAAGCACACCAAUGACAAGGUUGAAAAGUGUGAGAUUUGUGAGUAUCCUUUUAAGCGUUUGUCAGGUUGUAUUGUUAAAAAAGCAUGCAAAUGCUCUCCUAAAUGUCCGCUUUGUAGUAAGAUGUUUCCAUCAAAAUUAACACUUUACAGUCAUAUGAAAUUUGAACAUGAACCAGUGGCAAAGGAGAAAAAUUUAACAAAGAUUUCUGCAAGUGGAAAAGAUGACAUAAAGAUUAAGAAUAAAAAUUGUGUUGAGGUUCUUGAAAAAUGUGUUGGUACUUAUGAAGAAAGAAAGAGGUCCAAACCAUCAGUAAGGCCGAUGUAUGAAUGUGAAAUAUGUCCUGAGAAGAUGAACUCAAGGUUGGAUCAUGCGCAUCAUAUGAGAAACGAGCAUGGAAUAGAGAAGCCAGUCAAGUGUGACCUGUGUGGUGUAGGGUUUCAAUCCGACUCUGGCCUAAAUAAGCAUAAGAAAAAGCACAUAUCUGGUACUGCAGAUAUAACCAUUAUACGACAUUAUAUGUGUAAUAUAUGUGGGAGAAGUUACACAACAAAUGAUUCACUAAAGUCUCACAUGCUUUUGCAUAAAAAUCCAACACCGUUUGAGUGCCCAGUAUGUGCGAAUAAAUUUACGAGGCAGUGCCACUUAAAACGUCACAUGAAAAGCAAGCAUGAGGGAUUAAAACAGUUGCAUUGCGAACAUUGUGGAAAAGCGUUUGUGGAUAAGUGGGCGUUAAAGUGUCAUAUGCGAUCACACACGGGUGAAAAGCCGUAUGCUUGUAAGCUUUGUGAGAAGAGUUUCAUCACUGCUUCGUCAAGAAACGUCCAUAUAAAACAGAUGCAUGAGAAACUGAGGCCGUUUGCUUGCACUCGAUGUGGAGCAGAUUUUACUGCAAAAAAAUCCUUAGAGCAUCAUUUAUCAAGGCAUGAAAAGGAGGAUCGCAUGAAUCCAGAAUCUGUUAAUUAUGAUCCAAACUUUAAGGCAAGAGUUAUCCCUGUGAAGAAAAUGGCUCCUAAGAAUAUGUAUUGUGAUCUAUGCGGUAGAACAUUUACCAGCAAGAAAGGACUUCAAACCCACAGAAAACAGCGAUGUCCGAAGUUUCGAAACAAUGUUACCAGUAAUAUGAAAGUUCAUGGUACUAACAGUGAGACGUUACCAUAUAGUGGCAACAGUGAAAUACCUGUGAAUAUACAUGUCCGCAACGGGAUGACAUCUCUUGCAAACACAAUCUCUCAAAGUACACUUACCUAUACAACUACUGUAAUAAAUGUUCAGGGUUCAGAGUUGAAAUUGACUGUGUCAAAAAUCUAAUAAAAAAG